UCCCGGCGCGGCCGCCCGAGGCCGGCGAAGCCAUGGGCGCCGCGACCCCGCCGCCGCCGCCGCCGCCGCCCGGCCCCAGGAAUAUGAAAACUGCUAAGAAACACACUUAGUAAAUGAGAUCACCAGGGAAUGACUGCAAAGAAACAAGAGUAAGAGAUAACAUGAAACACUGUUAAAUCCAAAGAAUGAGGGGAUAUAUAUUAGAAAUGAGGACAUGAAAGUGGAGAAUAAAUUCAGGAAUGUUCUUUUUUGCCUGAUUUUCUCCAUAAAAAAGGAAGAGAAGUUAAACUUCUAGAGAAACCUCAUGGACAAUCUCCACAACAGAUGAUAACAAAAAAUAAUCCAGAUGGGGUGCAGGUGCUGUAAAAUGCUACAAAGCUAUCUCUUCGAUCCAGUUCAAGUGCCCUCCCCUGGUUACGUCAACGAAGUAAACAGCUGCAAGUUAGAUGAAGACGAUGCUGUUAAGUUAAAAGGCAAGCAGAGCGAAGAGGUGCUGGUGCACAAGGAUGCCCUUGCGAGCGAGGUCUCCAAGAGGCCCGGGAGCGGGAGCAGAACAUCGGCGCCGCAGGAGCCCUGCGGGCCGCCCCGAGGACCGCUCCUCCCGGCGGACACGGCGGGGGUACCCUGCGCUGAGAAGGCUGGCGGGGCUGCCAAUGGCCUGGGCCCCGCUGCCGCGCUGCAGCUCACUGGCGAUCCCGGGUGCCCCCAGGGGUACAGGGUCUCCUGGGCCAGUGCCGCAAACAAGGGUCACGCGACUCAGACCUUCCUCGAAGGAGGGAGUGCCAGGGAACCGGACUGCGUGCUGCUGGCUUCAGGAGAGACCUGCGUCAUCGGAAAGAGGGACCCCAACGCGUCUUCCGCGGCCGGGCAUCCCGCCUGGGACGUCCCAGACCACGUGCUCCAGAUACCCGCCCCGGAUUACCCUCAGCCGUGCUGCUCAGCUGAAGACAACGCCGACCACGUGGAUCACGAAGAAAAGCACUGCCUUUUCCAAAUGAGCCACACGGAGGAAGAGCCCCCGCAGGGCGCUCGCCCCAGGGCGCGGGAGCAGUGUUUGAAUAUGCCCUUCUCCGGGAAGAGAAGCUGGGAUGCAUUAAACGAGGCCGUGGCAACUGAAGUUCUAAAUGUCUACUUUAAAGAAGAGGAUCCUGCCCAGGACGUGCCUGUGGUCGCUUCGAGAAACGGGUGGGAGGAGACCCAUAGCUCCCCUGGCCACGCGAGCCGGGAGACGGCGGAUGAGGACGCGGAGGUGGCCGAAGCCCUCGCCGCUUUAGAAGCAGCUACUGCGGGAGAAGAUGAGGACGAGGCAGCGUAGGCGAGGGCACUUGCGCAGGCACAUAAGCCAGCGUUGCGCUGGGCGUGUGAGGCUGGGCUUGCUUUUUAGGCACAGCUGAUGACUCUACCUUGCAUAUGGGUGCAGCCUUACCGGUGGUUGACACCCACUACCUGUUCUGAUGGCUGUGCGCGCCUGUGCCACGCCGCUUGUUAAUUAAAUAUGGAGAGUACCACCUUCUAGAUGGGCUAAACCUUGAGACACGAGAAUAAAAGUCAGAGUGGGCCGCAGAGCUGGUGUCCACAGCACGUGCAGACAUUAAACAGCCUGCUCGGCCACGCGCACGACGUCCCCCAGAGCAUCAGGUGCAGGUGUUCUUGAGAAGGCGCUGGAAUCCCAGCGCUUAAUCCCAGGGGCACAGAUUCACGGGACAUUCUAUCUGACUGUAAAUUCUUUACCUUGCUUUUGAGAGCCAAACGGUAUACCCAACCCGAGAAAGGUAACUGCCCCCACUUAAAGUGCCUCAUGUGUCCCCAGAGCACGGCUUACCUUCAGGGACAUUCACCCAGGGAACUAAAAACUAACCACGUGUUAGACAGAAAAGGAAGCUCAGCGGCUUUCAGGGUGGAGCAGGGGCCGCCUGUAAACAAAUGGUUAGUCAUUAGCUGUGAUAUCAGGACACCUUGACCUUAACUUUUUUACAUUCUUACUUUUUAAUCUCCUGUGGGAUUGGGGAGUCUGGUCAAAAUAAUUCUUUAAACUGUUUGUGUCAAAGUCAGGUUUUGAGUUUGUGAGAUUUGGAACAGGAAAGAGAUGGAUGGAGUGGUUCGUGCCAUGUAAUGUCUGAUUGUGAUUAAAAUGUA